ACAACAAUGUGUCCACCACCAUGGCUUGCCAAUAGCAUGCCGCAGCUCCUCCGACCAAGUCUUCUCCUUUGUGAGGCAUUCUAUCACUUCAUAAUGACUAUCCUCGAAACCCUCUUUCUCGACCGAUCCCCCUCAACCCUCCUGAAUCUGACUGCCCUCCGCUACAAAUCCUUCGGACGUCUUUGGAGCACAAGUGGCGCGCAAAUGUCUGCCGAAAUGCCCGGUAACUUCGCAUCGCUUGCGAGCGCAACCUCAGGUGUGGUCCUCGAUAUUGGGCCCGGGUCUGGCGAGCUUUUGUACAUGUUCGACAGCGCAAAGAUUUCUGCCAUGUACGGCGCGGAGCCUGCCGAGAGUCUGCAUCCAGGUCUCGCUCGCAGAGCUCAAGAAGCAGGGUUCGGGGACAAGUAUCAUGCGCUGGUUUGUGGGGGUGAACCGGAGAGCUUGAUACCAGCUCUGCAUCGAAGCGGGAUUCUGGAAGAAGCGGGGAAAAAGACAGGAGAUGGAGAUGGUGUAUUCGAUGAGAUUGUUUGUGCGAGAGUUCUGUGCGGCGUGCCACAUCCCAAGGAAACGAUUCGUGGACUGUAUGCAUUAUUGAAACCGGGAGGUCGCAUGGUCAUUUGCGAGCACGUUGUCAAUCCCUGGCGCACUGAAGGGAGACUAGCGGCGAGAUUGAUGCAGGUUGUGUAUACCAUUGCCGGAUGGCCCUUCUUCAUGGGAGGGUGCGAAUUGCAGCGGCACACGCCCGAGUGCUUGCGAGAAGCUGGAGAAUGGGACAGCUUCAAGCUUGAGUAUGUGGCGCCGAAAGACGCGAUCCCGUUCGUAGUGGGAGAGUUGGUGAAGAAGGCGUAA